UGGCAGUAUUAAGUGAUAAAGGGGAGGGCCUUUUGCACAGCCGUGACACAAACGCUCCCGAAGCCCGAGCGGUACAACCUGGCGCUGUCUGGUUCCGCGACCUGUGCGGUUCUCGCUCGCACCUCCAGAAAGGGCGCUACUAGGUGCGGGUGGCGGCCAGGGGCGCGUUCGUUCCCCCUGGGAGGAGGGCGUGCGCGUCUACCGGCGCCCGGCUGAAAGUGAGCGACGGGGAGUCUGGGACGCGCCGCGGAGGCGUUGAAGCCCUCCGCGUCGCGUGCCCAUUCUCUUAGGUUUAUAACAAACUUGCCAUAAUUCAGUUGCUGAAAAUCAAGAUGGCAUCUAACUUGAGGCCAGCUCCAUAUUAUGAAAACUAUGCCUACCAGGCAGAAAAUGUUGCUCCUCCAAGAUUUCCCAGAGACUAUAAUGUGUAUCUACAUAACACGCCUACAUAUUAUCCUUCAUCAGGGCCUCAUUAUGUUCCGAGAGUUUCUACUCAACAGUCAAUUCCAGUGCCAGUAGUGCAGGCCAAAUCUGCAAAAUGCACACCAAGAACCAAAAAGGCAUUGUGUCUCCUUCUAUCAAUUGCAAUACUAAUAAUAGGAGCUGGAAUUUCUGUUUUUCUCAUCUGGUAUUUUGUGAUAGAUAGUUGUUUUGGCUCCAAGAUACAAUGUGGUGCAACAAGAGUGUGUGUAACACCAUCUCAGUGGUGUGAUGGAAAAAAAGAUUGUCCUAAUGGUGAAGAUGAAAACCGUUGUGUUAGACUUUAUGGACCAGAAUUUCUCUUGGAAGUCUAUUUAUCUGAAAACAAAGAUUGGUACUCUAUAUGCUAUGAUGAUUGGAAUGAUAAAUAUGGAGAGACCGCAUGUGAAGACUUGGGAUAUAACUCGAACACCUAUUUCAACAGCAAAGCAAUCCCCAUUUCCAGUGGAUCUGCAAACAUUUUGAGGGUCAAUACUAGUGCUGGGGACAUAGACCUGUAUAAGAAAUUGUAUAACAGCAACUGGUGUCCAUCAGAGCAUGCAGUAUCUCUGCGAUGCAUAAGGUGUGGCACAUCAAAUAUACGUACAAGUCCCCAAAACAGAAUUGUGGGUGGAAAUGCUGCAUUGCGUGGAGAAUGGCCGUGGCAAGUCAGCCUUCAUAUCCAGAGGACUCAUCUCUGUGGAGGGUCUAUUAUUACCCCUGAAUGGAUAGUAACAGCAGCUCAUUGUGUAGAAGGGGCACAUUCUGAUCCAUCCUACUGGACAGUUUAUGCUGGGAUUCUGAGACAGUCAGAAAUGAUUCCUUCAAAGGGAUUUAGAGUAGCCAGAAUAAUUUCUCAUCCCAACUAUGAUUCAGCUUCCAAAAAUAAUGAUGUUGCUCUUAUGAAGCUACAAUAUCCUCUAAGUUUUAAUGAAUUUAUAGGACCUGUUUGUUUGCCCAAUGCUGGAAUGAUGUUCGAGACUGACCAACAGUGUUGGAUAUCUGGAUGGGGAGCCAAAUACCAAGGAGGUAACACUUCAAAAGAAUUGAAUGCAGCGCUUGUACCUCUGAUAGACUCAUCUAUAUGUAAUGGAAGGUAUUUUUAUAAUGGAAUCAUUUUGCCUACGAUGAUAUGUGCUGGCUACUUACAAGGAAAAGUGGAUUCUUGUCAGGGUGAUAGCGGUGGUCCAUUGGUAACCAUGAAAAAUGUUUUGUGGUGGCUAGUGGGUGACACAAGUUGGGGAACAGGCUGUGCUACUCAAUUUAAACCUGGAGUUUAUGGUAACAUUACUAUGUUCACAGAAUGGAUUUACCGAAAUAUGCAGGCAAACAGAUGAUAUUGUUUCCUUUGAAUCAUUUCAAUCAAGAGUGGAUCAGUCCUUUUGUUUCUUGUAAAUCCUUGGUUGUGCUUUUAAAAAUGAACUCUGGGUCCUCAACACUUCAUAUGCAGAUAGUAAUUGGAAUGUUUGCAAACUGGUUCCAUUUGCACUGACUACCAUCACAUCAAGCAGCUGAAGUUACACAAGAGCCUGUUUUCUUGAAUCUGGUAUUAACGUCAGGUGGCAAACCCAUUUUUACCAGUUACUUGCUGAUUUCCUUUAUUUCUGAAGAUUCCCUACCAGUUGGAUUUUAUUUUUAAGUUAAGAAUCAUGUUGGUAAAUUACCAAUUCUGUUUUUGCCUUUGAAAUCAAAUGCAACAUCUCAAUGUUUUAUAAUAAUGUUUAAUAUUUAGGGUAUUAAUGUUGAGUAUAUCAGGGCUGCUGGAUGGCCCAGUUUUUUAAAGUGAGAAAGAACCACGGGAACAUUUUGAUAUAUUUCUUCUGAAUAUUACUAUGCAUCUCUUGUAUUCAGGUAUUUAUUACUUUUAUUCUCCCAUUGGUGUUAAUGAUUCUGAAACUAUACAAUUUGAUAAACACUAUGUCUCUUCCCAAAUAUGUGGAUAGAUUCAAGAUCAGUUUGGUAUAAAAAAUAGAAAUAUCUUGGACUUCCAGGCUCAUAUCUUUGAUGCAGAAUGAACAAAAUAACAAGUAUUCUAAAAUGUCAGUAAUUUUGUUUCUGGUCUGGCAGCUGGACAUGUGCUAGAUAGGUCCUUAACUGUUGAACCUGAAAGUGAUAAGCAAGGGAUAGUUAACACUUCUGCCUCUUUUCUAAGCAAAGAAUAGAAAGUUAUUUUGUGAAGGUGCAUUACAUACUGAUUUGAAUCCGUCAGUUCCAGAUCUCUGGAACAGGGAAAAAAGGAAAACUCAGCUGAGGAAAAUAAAAAUAAUGAUCUAAUUAUAACUACCUCGUUUUAUAAAACAGUGACAAAAUUGGAAUGUGUUGAGAAACUGCAUUGGUCUGUUUUUUUCUUUAAAAAAUCCUAUUUAUGGUUUUAAUAAUGAAGACAGAAGCAAAGAUUUAAAAUUUUACAAAUUGAUUAGUAUAAUCACCAAUCAUUGGCAUGUUAGGAGUAUGCCAAGUUAGGAAAGGCUGCUAUUGCAGCAGUAAAAUCUUGGUUCUAUGAGUCCUGUGAUUUGGACAUAAUGAAUUAUGCUGCUAUUGAAAAGCACUUUUUAAAAUAUAUUUGUUGGUGGGAAAAUUCCACUUCAGGUUUUGAAAGUGCAAUACUUUAUAUAGUGAAGUGCCAUUGAAAUGAUUACUGAAAACAUUAAAUGUAUUGCAGUAUAAUGAAAUUAAUAUAAAUCAUUCAUAAUUGUUAAUCGUCACUGCAAUUUUAGUUAGUACAUAUCAGGGAAUUUUUAAGUUUUGAGAAUGAAAUACACUGUUCCUUGUCUUGUAUUCAAAGAACUUGAAAAAUAAACUUUUUACAAAUACA